AAGUGUCAAUUUAUGUCUUGGAUUUGUUUGGGAACAGUGCCGCACCUUCGUAUUUUAUUUAAAUGAUUCAUUCCGUAAUGUUUUCGACAAAAACUGUAUAAUUUUAUAAAUUUGUGCAAUGUUGAUAUCCAAUUAAUUUUUCUGAACCUCUCAAAUAUCGUCGAUAUAGUUUAUUUAAUUUGAAUAUGGCAGGAACAGACAGGGUUUCUUUGAGCGAUGCUAUUUCUAAUGUGGAUGUAUUGGAUGAAUUACCUUUACCUGAUGAACAACCAUGUAUUGAGGCACAACCAUGUUCAGUAAUUUAUCAAGCUAAUUUCGAUACCAAUUUUGAAGACAGGAAUGGCUUCGUUACAGGAAUUGCUAAAUAUAUAGAAGAGGCUACAGUUCAUGCUAGUCUAAAUGAACUUCUUGAAGAAGGCCAAGAACAUGCCGUUAUGUUAUAUACCUGGAGAUGCUGCUCUCGAGCUAUUCCUCAACCUAAAUCCAAUGAACAACCAAAUCGUGUUGAAAUUUAUGAAAAGACUGUAGAGGUCUUAGCCCCUGAAGUAAACAAGCUCUUGAAUUUCAUGUAUUUCCAGCGAAAAGCGAUAGAAAGAUUCUCCCAGGAAGUUCGAAGGUUAUGUCAUACUGAAAAAAGAAAAGAUUUUGUUUCAGAAGCAUAUUUGUUAACUUUAGGAAAAUUUAUCAACAUGUUUGCUGUGCUCGAUGAACUCAAAAAUAUGAAAUCAAGUGUGAAGAAUGAUUAUUCAACUUACAGGAGAGCUGCACAAUUCCUUAAAGUGAUGUCUGAUUCCCAAACACUACAAGAAUCGCAAAAUUUGUCAAUGUUUUUGGCUACGCAAAAUAAAAUGAGAGAUACAGUUAAGGAAAAUUUAGAGAAAGUACCUGGUUAUGAAGAACUUUUAGCUGACGUUGUGAAUAUCUGUGUGCAUAUGUUUGAGACAAAAAUGUAUUUAACUUCUGAAGAGAAACACAUGCUAGUAAAAGUUAUGGGCUUUGGUUUGUUCUUGAUGGAUAGUGAACUGUGUAAUAUUAACAAACUGGAUCAGAAGAAAAAGCUUAGACUAGAUCGUAUUGAUAGAAUAUUUAAGAAUCUGGAAGUUGUACCUCUAUUUGGAGAUAUGCAGAUUGCCCCUUUCAAUUAUAUUAAAAGGAGUAAACAUUACGAUCCCAGUAAAUGGCCACUGAGUAGUAGUAGUACUCCAUCACCACAAGCAGAUUUGAUGGUACACCUUCCUCAGAUAAGAGAGGAUCAUGUCAAAUACAUAAGCGAAUUAUCCAGAUAUAGUAACGAAGUUACUACAACCUACAAAGAAAGUGGCAGCGAUUUAGAGAACAAAGAAACAGCUGAUUUGGCAUUACGGGGCUUACAGCUGCUCUCUGAAUGGACAAGUGUUGUAACUGAAUUGUAUUCUUGGAAGUUGUUGCAUCCAACUGAUCAUCAUCAGAAUAAGGAUUGCCCACAAGAGGCUGAGGAAUAUGAGAGGGCAACUCGGUACAAUUAUACAGAUGAAGAAAAAUUUGCACUCAUUGAAGUUAUAGCUAUGAUCAAAGGGCUUCAGGUGCUUAUGGCUCGAAUGGAGACUGUUUUCACAGAUGCUAUCCGGAGGAAUAUUUAUUUUGAAUUACAGGAAUUUGUGCAAGUUAUCCUCAGGGAACCGUUGAGGAAAGCUGUAAAAAACAAAAAAGAUCUUAUUAGAAGUAUCAUCACUUCUGUCAGAGAGACUUGUGCAGAUUGGAAUAGGGGAUUUGAAGCAUCCCAAGAUCCUGCACUGAAAGGACGCAAAGAUCCUGAUGGAGGUUUCAAUAUAAAAGUUCAAAGGAGAAACGUUGGACCAUCAUCAACUCAACUCUACAUGGUGAGGACAAUGUUAGAGUCUUUAAUCGCGGACAAAUCAGGAGGAAAGAGGACACUCCGCAAAGACAUUGACGGACAAUACUUGGUCCUCAUUGACCAGUUCCAUAAAACUUCAUUCUUUUGGAAUUACUUAUUGAAUUUCAGCGAAUCCUUAUCGAAGUGCUGUGACUUGUCACAACUCUGGUAUAGAGAGUUCUACCUCGAGAUGACAGUGGGGCGAAGAAUCAAUAAAUGCACCGUGCGUCAUCAUCACAACGAAGAAUGUAACGACUUGAUAACGAUGGAUAAAAGAAUCCAAUUCCCAAUAGACAUGUCCAUGCCUUGGAUUUUAACAGAUCAUAUUCUCAAAACAAAAGAACCUUCAAUGAUGGAGUAUGUCUUGUACCCCCUCGAUUUAUAUAAUGACAGUGCUCUUUAUGCUUUGACUAUCUUCCGAAAACAGUUUUUAUAUGAUGAAGUCGAAGCUGAAGUUAACUUAUGUUUCGAUCAGUUUGUGUACAAAUUGAGUGAACAGAUUUUCGCUUAUUACAAGCAACUUGCAGCAAGUAUAUUUUUAGAUAAACGUUACAGAGUUGAAUGUGCUGCAUUAGGGGCUUACUUGUUACCCUAUCCAAGAGCGAAUCGAUAUGAAACUCUACUCAAACAACGCCACGUACAACUUUUAGGUAGAUCUAUUGAUCUCAACAAGUUAAUCACUCAAAGAAUCAACGCAGAUAUGCAGAAAUCCUUAGAUUUAGCCAUAAGUAAAUUCGAGGCAGGUGAUAUCACAGGAGUGAUGGAAUUAGAUGGACUCUUACAGGUCAAUCGCUUGUGCCAUAAAUUACUGAGCAAAUGGCUAGCAUUAGAUGAUUUUGAUUCUAUGUUUGGAGAAGCUAAUCAUAAUGUUUUGGCCCCUUAUGGCAGAGUAACACUGCAUGUUUUUUGGGAGUUGAACUACGAUUUUCUUCCAAAUUAUGUUUAUAAUGCUGCUACUAACAGAUUCACAAAGUACCGUGGACAAAUAGCUUUUGCACCUCCUGUACAUCGUGAUAAGCCAGCACAAAUGUCGCACCACUACAUGUGGGGUAGUAAACCUCUGAACUUGGCAUAUACAACUCAGUAUGCGCAAUACUCAGGUUUUGUAGGCCCUCAACAUUUCCACACAAUGUGUAAGCUAUUGGGUUAUCAGGGCAUUGCUGUAGUAAUGGAAGAGUUGUUGAAAAUUGUGAAAAGUUUAAUCCAGGGCAACUUGCUCCAAUUCACGAAAACAUUGAUGGAGGCUAUGCCCAAGAUCUGUAAAUUGCCUAGAUAUGAUUAUGGCUCACCUGGAGUUCUUAGUUAUUACCAUGCCCAACUUAAUGAUAUUGUUCAAUAUCCUGAUGCCCGUACUGAGCUUUUCCACAAUUUCCGUGAAUUUGGCAAUAUAAUUUUGUUCUGUCUACUGAUGGAACAAGCUUUGUCUCAAGAGGAAGUAUGCGAUCUUCUGCAAGCUGCGCCUUUUCAAAAUAUACUCCCGAGGCCGUUUUGUAAAGAAGGGGAGAAACCUGAAACGAAACAAAAGAGAUUAGAAGCUAAGUAUGCAGCAUUGCAGAUUGUAACCAAUAUUGAAAAAUUGGGAACUGCAAAGCAAGCCAUGAUAUCCAGAGAAGGGGACCUGCUAACCAGGGAGAGAUUAUGUUGUGGUCUGUCAAUUUUCGAAGUAGUUUUGAACAGGCUGAUGACUUUCCUCGACGAUCCUGUUUGGGUGGGAGUUCCACCAGCUAAUGGUGUAAUUAAUGUUGAUGAAUGUACGGAAUUUCACAGGUUAUGGUCUGCGUUACAAUUUGUCUACUGCAUACCUGUCAGUGAGAAUGAAUUUACUGUAGAAGAGAUGUUCGGAGAAGGGCUUCAUUGGGCUGGUUGCACCAUGAUAGUACUAUUAGGUCAACAAAGGAGAUUUGAGGCCCUGGACUUUUGCUAUCACAUUCUACGUGUACAACGAGUUGAUAUGAAAGAUGAGGUUGUUAAAAGAAUAAGCUUGAAAAGGAUGGUGGACAGAAUAAGAAGGUUUCAAGUACUGAAUUCACAGAUAUUCGCUAUUCUGAACAAAUUCCUGAAAUCUGGGGAGAAUGAUGAAUUAUCUGUGGAACAUGUUAGAUGUUUCCCUCCCCCUAUUCACCCAUCUUUGAAUACCCAGCAGCAUUAUCAUGCACCAGAACAUUUACGACAGUGUUAGGUGUCUCCUGUAUCUGAAAUUUUAUAUUAUCAAUUUGAGCUUAUUACAAAUUAUUGUGGCCGAGCGAUUGAAUAUACAUACAUUUUUGAAUUAUUUAUAUUAUAUUAAUUUAUAAAUGAACAAGACUACUUUUUUUAUAUUACAUAAUUACUAGCA